CAAAUCGCGACCGAGUAAUCAAGGCAGGCUUACCCGCCGUUCGCUUCACUUAUCACACUGCCUUUUGCUCCGCCCGUUGGAACUGAAGAGAAGAAGCUCAUUUCAAAUUUCAUCACCCUCCGUGUCGUACUGUGGGAGUCCGAGAGCCUUAUAAGCCUAGUGCCUCCGUACAGAGCUGCUUGUUCCUCUUUUCAUCCACACUCUUUGUACAGCUGGCGCAAUAAUGAUCAGCAAGGACACGUUCAACAGUGCCUCCACGAACGUAGAGUUGUCAUGCAUCCCCGAGGAUACCACUGGCCUUGAGCGCAUCAUGCUUGCAGCUCAAGGUGAUCUGCAGCGACUGAUGAGUUCGUUCUUUGCUCGGCCUAUAUUUAUUGAGCUUGUAUAUGCCAACGGCUCGCCACGGCUGAAACCAGCCUCGCCUGAUCAUCCCAUAACACAAUCGCGGCAGGUACAUCUCAUAUGUGCUUCGCGAAUUGUUUGCACUGCUACAUCGAACGUCACCAUCACACACCCUGACUUCGAACGUCUAUUCCUUGACGACAAAUAUCCAAUUGGCCAAACAUUUCGCAAAAUGCUUCGUCACCCACAAUUUACCCUCCUUGAUGCUCAGGCACAGGUCGUGGGUGGCAAGCGGGAACUCCGCAGAACGUAUACACUUGAGACCGACGGUUUUCUCUGUGAGAUCCUCGAAGUGUGGCCUGACAGGGACAUGUUUGUUCGUGGAGAAGCAUGGCUCACUGAGAACAAGCUCGAACUUGAAAAAAGUGUCACUGUGGAGAGCCAGGAUUUGAAGCCCUGGGGGCUUUCUGUCAGCAAGGGCAACACUUUUAACUGGGGAUUCGCUUCCUCGUAUGGUUUGGAGCCUUCACCAUUGGUAUACUAUCACGAUAUUUGGUUUGUUUCGUUGUACCUACUCCUUCUGUACCUCAUAUAGAUACAUAGAUAACUACUACUAACAUAGCAUUUCAUAACAUGGACUCAUACAUACUUUAUUCGACUAGAUUCGAUGUAUAAGUAGUUAGACAGUUCUAGGCGGCCUUGGUAUUUGGCUUUUUCUUGAAGACAUUCGGAUCGGUACCGAUGAAUGGGUUGCGAAGAACGUCACCGCAUCAU